CACACUCAUCUCGCUCACACCACCCCCUUCAACCCAAUCACCCUUAUUUUUCUUUUCUCUCAAUUCGUCGAAAAUGGCUUUGGCAGUAGAGAAAACCACCGGUGGCCGCGAGUACAAGGUCAAGGACAUGUCCCAGGCCGACUUUGGCCGACUGGAGCUCGAGCUGGCCGAGGUUGAGAUGCCCGGUCUCAUGGCCUGCCGCACUGAGUUCGGCCCAUCCCAGCCCUUCAAGGGCGCCAGGAUCACCGGCUCGCUCCACAUGACCAUCCAGACCGGGGUCCUCAUUGAGACCCUGACCGCGCUCGGCGCAGAGGUGCGCUGGUGCUCCUGCAACAUUUUCUCCACCCAGGACCACGCCGCCGCCGCCAUCGCGCGCGACUCGGCUGCGGUUUUCGCCUGGAAGGGAGAGACCCUGCAGGAGUACUGGUGGUGCACCGAGCGGGCCCUUGACUGGGGUCCCGGCGGUGGGCCGGACCUGAUUGUGGACGACGGUGGGGACGCCACGCUGCUGAUCCACGAGGGCGUGAAGGCCGAGGAGAUCUUCGAGAAGACCGGGAAGGUCCCCGACCCCGCCUCCACCGACAAUGCGGAGUUCCAGAUCGUGCUGACCAUUAUCAGAGAUGGGUUGAAGACCGACCCCAAGAGGUACCACAAGAUGAAGCAAAGGUUGGUGGGAGUCUCGGAGGAGACCACCACUGGGGUUAAGAGGCUAUACCAGAUGGAGGCCAAUGGUUCCCUCUUGUUCCCUGCUAUUAACGUGAACGACUCCGUCACCAAGAGCAAGUUUGAUAACUUGUAUGGAUGCCGCCACUCUCUCCCUGAUGGCUUGAUGAGAGCUACUGAUAUCAUGAUUGCCGGGAAGGUUGGUGUUGUCUGUGGAUAUGGUGAUGUUGGAAAGGGCUGUGCUGCUGCCUUGAAACAAGCUGGUGCCCGUGUGAUCGUGACAGAGAUCGAUCCAAUUUGUGCUCUUCAGGCCCUUAUGGAAGGUUACCAGGUCCUGACCCUUGAGGACGUCGUCUCUGAGGCCGACAUCUUUGUCACCACCACUGGUAACAAGGACAUCAUCACGGUCCACCACAUGAGGAAGAUGAAGAACAAUGCCAUUGUUAGCAACAUUGGUCACUUUGACAACGAGAUUGACAUGCUCGGGCUCGAGACCUACCCUGGCGUGAAGCGCAUCACCAUCAAGCCUCAAACAGACAGGUGGGUGUUUCCCGAGACCAAAACCGGCAUCAUUGUGUUGGCCGAGGGUCGGCUCAUGAACUUGGGUUGUGCCACAGGGCACCCCAGUUUUGUGAUGUCCUGUUCGUUCACAAACCAAGUGAUUGCACAGCUUGAGCUGUGGAAGGAGAAGGCAAGUGGGAAGUAUGAGAAGAAGGUGUAUGUUUUGCCCAAGCACCUUGAUGAGAAGGUUGCUGCACUUCACCUUGGCAAGCUUGGGGCUAAGCUCACCAAGCUCACCAAGGACCAGGCUGACUACAUUAGCGUGCCUGUUGAGGGUCCUUACAAGCCUAUUCACUACAGGUACUGAGAGAGAGUCCAGAACAAUGACGGAUGGCGAGAAGAAAAACAAAUAUGUUUGAUAUUUGGCUUGAUUGUUUUUUUUUUAACAAAAUUGAGGAUUUAUAGUAGGACGGUAGGUUUUGUUUCUUGUAGGUUUUUAUUAUUUUUUUGUGUGUUUUGGCGGUGGAAUGUAUGGGAGGAAAGAAAUCCAUUGGUCUCUGUUGAAAGAAGACCUGGUUUGGGUUUGAAUAAUGUUGGAUGGGGCUGUGUGGCAUAUAUUUGUAGCAGCUGAACUUUUGGGUUUCGCUGCAUUUGUUUUCAUUAAAAUGAGAAAAAAAAAAAAAAGAACUACUAUUUUCCUCA